AAUCAUGUCAUGACACGCCCAGUACCUGAACGCAACAUUUUCGUUUAAAAUCUCAAAAUGAAAACCGCCUGCAUCGUCCUAACCCUUCUUAUAUUAGUAGCCAUCAUGGCCGUGUGUGUUAUGGUCAAGUUUGCCACAGACAUCAACGUCGAAGAGAAAAAGAGGGACUAUCUCCUAAACGGCAAUGUCUUCAGCCUCGCCAGAUCCAUGGGAGUGAUCACUUUGAACGAAAACCACACUUAUGACAACGUCGAGAGGUUCCCUUACGUCGCAGCCAUCACCAGAAACACUUCCAAUUCCUGGACUUUUGCAUGUUUCGCCUCUGUCAUCCUAACUAAGUGGGUGGUCACGGCGGCCCACUGCCGCACAAGAGGGGCUACUCACAGAGUGUUAUUAUAUUACGAUUUCGCCACAAACCGCAGCCAGACGUACCCAAUACUAAUCUGGAGACUGUACGAAACGUUUAACUAUACAGAUCGGGGUAAAUAUGACAUCGCUGUAGCCAAAUUAAAUGUAGAUUACUACCCUUUUAAUAUGAGACCUUCGCUGUUUGAUAAUAAGCCUGUUCAACCGGUAAUACAAGCGAGUGUAUGGAGAACUGUGUCGACAAUGCAUAAAAAAUUAUUUUUAACAGAUGAUUUCGCAAAUUACGACCUCAAAGUCGCCGAAGAUGUUAAGUGUUUUGAAGCAUACGGUAUUCCUAUAGACGAGUCGCAUAUUUGUGUUGAUUUGAAUGAUUACGAUGACUGUUUUGUGCAUGAAUUUGGGCCGAUAUACUCGGGGGAUAAAGUGGCCGGUGUGUUGUCAGAAAAGCCGCGGGAUUGCGAUACAAAAUAUGCAAUUUUCACAAAUGUUUCCUUUUACGCUGAUUGGGUAUUAAAAUCUACACACACAACGUUUUACGGAUAACAUUUUGAUAGUGUACGUGCUUUUGAAGAAUAAAAAUGGUGUUAUCAUGUUUGAAUACCUUAUUUGUGUAUUUAAUUAUAUAAUUUUAUUUAUUUUUAUAUUUUUAAAUUUAAAGAAAAUUUAUAAGGUAGACAAUACAAUCAC